UUAGCUUGUGAGAGCUGUUGUGGAGUCUGUAAGAGCUGUCGUGGUAUAUCUAGAAGCCAUAGGCUACCCCGAGGACAAAGUAGAGAACAUUAGUUUUAGACGCAUACAUUAUCACAGACACUGUCAGUGCAUUCAUCACUCUAACAGUCUUGGAUGGUCUGGAAAAGGUCAACAGGUGAAGGCUGUUUCUUCAUGUGUUGCAGCCUAACUUUAUGGAUGGAAGAAACGCCUGCCAGUGUUGUCAGACAUACCGAAUGUUUCCUAGAAAGCUCAUGCAUUCCGGUAUUAUGAUACAAUAACAGCAAUCACAUCAGGCUAUUUAUGCCUAAAUACGCACGCUCGUGUUUGUUUACAUGUAGCUCUACUGCGUCUAGUACUUUCUGGACCAAUCACAUGAAGCGUUAAUUUCGGUCAACAGCCCAGAGAGUUGCUUCACACAGGAAAACGUUUAAUCUGGCAACGUUUUGCAAUAGAAACCGUUUACCGUUUACUCUAAACCAAACGGAAGCAAAUGCACAAAGCAAACGGAACGAACGGGGAGGGAUUUACCUGAAUUUGUCCAAUAGAAACUCCUUUACAAAACGUUUCGCAACGGAAUUCGACUAAUGAAUACACCAGUGAUAAGGGACCAGAUUUGAUAUUCAUGGUGCAAACCCGUGUAGGCCACACAGCUGGCCAAGUUUAGUCACAUGCUUGUUGUUAUUGUUCUGGUAGCCUAGUGCUUUCCUGAAUGGUCUGCACUCGAUCUAAACCUUUCUCCCAAUUCAGAGGCAUCAGAAUAACAUUGUCUACAUUCGGAUUUGUAAUUACAGGAUUCUUCCAAAUAUUUAGGACGUUUGACUCUGAACGAUCGCGACGCAAAGGGGGAGUCAAUCAAAUACGCAUUGCGUCCUUUAUUUACCAACAUGACGGAAGACAAAGAAAGUGUCAUCGAGGAAAAUUUGCAGGGUUCCUGGGUGGAGCUGCACUUUAACAAUGGCAACAGUGGUGGCUCACCAGCACAUGGGGCUGCUGGUGUGGAGGAAGAGCAGGUACCAGGCUCUGCCACUGAGCUACCAGGCCCUGCCACUGAGCUACCAGGCUCUGCCACUGAGCUACCAGGCUCUGCCACUGAGCUACCAGGCUCUGCCACUGAGCUACCAGGCUCUGGGUUAGGUGCCUCUGCCUCAGUCCAUGGUGGAGACCUGAUGGCUGGGUCUACCCCUGCGUCGGUCCUGCCUCUCUCUGCCUCUACCCAGGGAGGUGACCUGAUUCCUGGGUCAGGGUCUGCGUCUGGCUCAGUCCAGGGAGGGGUGGACUUGGAGAAGAUGUUGUUAGACGCCCAGCACGAGUCAGGAAGAAGCAGCUCCAGGGGCAGUGUUCCCUGUGACAGUCCUCCGAGACCCCAGACUCCUUUGCUCCGCCGUGGCUCAGAAGUGCACAGCUCAGGAGAGAAGAACAGCUCACAGUCUGAAGAAGACUACCUAGAACGGAGACGUGAAGUGGAGAACCUGAUGAAGAAGAAUGCAGACUGGAUCUGGGACUGGUCCAGUAGACCUGAGAACAUUCAACGCAAGGAGUUUGUUCUGAAGCAUCCCAAACGUAUCAACCCUCUCAGCAUCAGAAACACCAGCGUCAUGAAGAACGGAGGGAUCUUCUCUGCAGAGUUCCUCAAACUUUUCCUUCCUUCUCUGCUCAUAUCCCACGUACUGGCCAUCGGUCUGGGGGUGUACAUUGGGAGACGUCUAACUACCUCAGUGACCAGUACCUUCUAAAGGGGACACUCCGCUGGACUGGAACAGCAUGUUUUUUUGGCACCAACACCGUUACCUUCCACUGCUGCUAGCUUUGAAGUGGCGCUUAUUAGAUACAGAUAGGCAACAUCUGUCAUGUGUCCCCGAACUCCACUCAAUAUGAUGACUCAAAAUGGCACCCUAUUCCCUACAUAAUGCACUACUUUUGACCAGUUCCCAUAGGACUCUGAUCAAAAGUAGUGCACUAUAUAGGGUAUAGGGUUCCAUUUAGAUACAGAUAGGCAACAUCUGUCAUGUGUCCCCCAACUCCACAGAUGGCUCAAAAUGGCACCCAAUUCCCUACAUAGUGCACUACUUUUGACCAGUUCCCAUAGGACUCUGAUCAAAAGUAGUGCACUAUAUAGGGUUCCAUUUGGGACACACUUUUUGUUUUCCCCUGGCGGUGAGCAGUCCACCCUGCCUGUAUCUGUAUUGUACCCCUGUGAAUACUGUUGGCUUUUCCCUUAGUUCCCAGAGCUGCUUUUUAAAUAACCCUGCUCCACUGGAAAGUAGAACCCGGUGUUCCUCCUCCAUCUCACUGGACGAUCUCUGGGUAGGGGGGCCAUCUUAUAAUCAACCUUUUAAGAGCCAUUGUUGUCAAACGGCUAGCUAGCUAGCGUUCACUGUCAGUCAUUUUCAAGACAUUUUAUCUUGCUCCGAGUUGAGACAUUUUUUGUAGUAGAAGACUUUUGAGGUAAUGAUAUUACAGUAAGAAGGUGAUGAUACAGAAAAGCACUGUGAAUUUCUCAGCGUUGAGAUAUGCACGGUGAAGAAAAGGGAGUGGGUCAGACAAGAAAGCUGGACGUUGUAUUUUAGCGAGAUGUUGCUUGUUUUAUCAGAAUGUCCUUGGUUUGGGAAAAGGGAUCAAGACAUUCAACCAAAAUGUUAUUUCUGACCCAGAUCCUUCUCAUGGAUCAUGAAGGGCUUUAAUAAUAAAACAAGGUUUCAGGAGAAAUUAAAAAGGUUUGAAAUAGAUAAACCUUGAAAGUGUUUGAGGAAGUAAUGGAGAAUCAAUGUAAUGGAGCAUCUUCCAUUAGAUCCCAGAUUAGGUCGAACAGGAACGUCAGGGUUUUGGUUCUGUCGGCACCUUUCAGUUUAUUGGUGUUAUUUUUCACUCAGGGUUGUUUUCUGUGACAACAAGGUGUCCCAUUCACUGAUUAUGCAUGUGUAUGGGUAGAAUUGUACGUUGUGUACAUUAGAUGUGGCACUAUGUAAACCGAGCGUGUUUUAUGGUCAGUGGCAUGUUAAUGGUCUACGUGACCAUUUGAAAUAAACAAAAACAGCUUUUCUACCACUACUGCAUAAGACCACACAUCUCCAUAUAAAAUAUUCUAGGGGAAAAUAUAGACUUUCACACUUGUAAUUAUGAGGGAAUUUAGAAAUCUUUUAUUUUGCCUUACUUAUACUUCACUCCUAAUUAAAUACGAAAUCUCAGUAUCCAGAAUGCUUCAGUAUUUUUUUGUUCUAAGAAUGAAGAGAGCAACAGAGGCUUUCCGAGUUAUGCCUUGAAGAGGCAUUACCAAUCUGUUUUUGCAUGUCUUGUAGAGCUGGUCAACAUGUCAAGUGUAUAUGUGAUUUUGAAAAACUGUUUUGUAAGAACAGUUGGAAUUGUAUCUGAGAAAUAAAAUGGAUCAUAAAAAUA